AUGCAGGUCUCGCAUCCGGAUCACUGGCCUUGUUCAGCCACUAUCUUCGAGCUCAUGGUCUCAAUUUGUUUGAUCAUCUUGAACGCUCUCAAUUAUGCCGCACGUGCCAUCGGUCCAUUCUUCUGGGGUGCUUUGGAAUGGACAGAAGAUGUGCUCGUAGCCGCAGGAAAUACUCUACUUGCAGCCAUCUUGGUCCUCCUUUUGUGGCUCUCCAUCAUCUACCUAUGCUGUUUCGCAAUCUACAUGUUCUGCAGACUGCUGCGUCGAUCUCAGAAACACCAACGUCGCGGCGAAUGUCAACCGCUACUUCCUCGACCUGAGCGACGGAGACGCUUACCCUCUUGGACAUCAUCAAACUCGAGCGGUGAGAGACGGCGACAGCACGAUCAUCAGGCACACAGAGACCUCUUCCGAGUCGAGAUAGACCGAAGACGCCAGGAUGCCUUCAGACGAGAACAACACAGGGCAGUCGAGACUCGCAGUCGCCAGUACCGCGAGCGUAGGCUUAGAGAGGCACUCCAGCAAUCCACAAGCACACCCCUCUAUGGACAGUCCCAGACCAUCAUCACUUGGUUGCAGACCUCUUCCGGCUCGACAACAAUCACCCAUUACCCUCAUUACGGCACUCUUCCGACGAGAAGCGCUCCGUCACGCCCCCAACGACGUGCCGAUCCACCACCGCCAUACUCACACAAUGUUAGCGGACAGCCACCACCAUAUUCUGUGCCUCGACACGAUUCACCGCCUGCUUACGACUAA